AGUUUACAAGUCAUCAUCCUUUUUCACUCACACCUAAAGAAACCGUCAAAUGAAACUUCUUACCAUCAACAUUUUCUUAUAGUGUGUGUGUAUCUCACACGCUCACAUUUAAAAGUAAUUUUGAUCAAAUUCUAUCUAUUUUUUGUUUUAUCGAUGUUGGAAUAAAGUUUCGCUUUUUAUUAUUUCAUUCACUUUUUUUCCAUCAAAUUGGCAAGUUUGUGCAUUUUUUGCUUCCCUUUUACUUGUGUUAUCAACAAAACGGAGUAUUCUGUCACUAGUUAGACUCACAUAAAUAAUUAAUUAACCGUGCUCAAUCAACUGUGAUACAUCUAAUUUAUAACAAACAAAAAGAUUGUUAUCAGUUCGUAACAAUUGAUAUUGCCGUUAAUCGCUUUUACCCUGACUAACUUGAUCUUCCUCUCUCUCUCUCUCCAUCCUCAUUCAGGCAAACAUCGGAGGCUGAUCUACAAGAAAACGACGAGUGAAGACUCGAAAAAAAGAAAGAGAAGAAGAAGAAAAAACGAAAGACCAGAAAAGAGGGAAAAUGAGAUGAGAGAUGAGACGCGAUGAGAUGUAUACUCAUGCAAUUGUCCAAAACCCCUAUCAUCAUCCUCAUCACUUCAAUUGCCUUGUUACACUAUUUAGAGCGUGUUCUCGUCGCAUCACAGCCAAGUUACCCAUCAGCUUAUCCACCCGUGGUCCGUCAUCCGGGAACAUGUACCUUUCAAAGGUCUCAACCAGCCUGCACCUUCAGUCUACUGUGCUAUCUAGCUGGUGGUGUACCGAUAGAAGGCUGUGGCGGUGAUAUAUCUGUAACAUGUUGUAUGCUUUACAACCCUUCGAGUCAAAAUUUUGCCAGUGAUUAUUCAAACACUAAUCUACCAAUUCCACCGGGCAUUGAGUUGCCUAACAAUCAUUUAACAUCACCUCGUCUUCCUUCAUCACCCUCAUCGCCCACAUCUUCAUCACCCACUUCACCUCCUUCAUCUUCAUCUUUAACCUCUUCCCGUGAUCAUGCACUUCAAACAGCCUUUCAUUCACCAUCACAAUCUCAUCUUCCAUCCUUGUCAUCUUCCUAUGAUGACAACAAAUCACUAGAUAAUGUUUAUCGAAAUACAGUUCGGAGAUCACGUCCGUUGCCUUCAUUUUUAAAUAAAGAACGGCAUUCUCGCAACUACAUCGGUGACGAUGUUUGUGGAAAACCAAUUGCUAAGCCAACAAGUCGAAUCAUUGGUGGUCAAGAUGCAUAUUUUGGUGAAUUCCCAUGGCAGGUUCACAUAAAAAUCUCAAAACACCAAUGUGGAGGAGCUCUUGUUAAUCGUUAUUAUGUUGUUACAGCGGCCCAUUGUGUUUACCAAGCUCCUUUGGCUCAACUUUCAAUCAUCAUUGGUGCCCAUGACAUUGAGGAUCCUCGUUACCAAGAGGAACCUCCACAAUAUUUCAGUGUAACUGAAGUUAAAAUGCAUCCUAACUUUCGCUUUUCAGCCUCACACCCUGACAGAUACGAUAUAGCAGUCCUUAAAUUAGACAGAGCAGUUAGAUAUUCAAGCAACAUAAUACCCGUUUGUUUACCUCCAAAUGGGUUUAAAUUUGAAUCUUGGUAUGGAGUAGUAACUGGUUGGGGUAAAACUGAUCCAGCGUUAAGUAAUCGUUAUGGGACAAGAUUGUUACAGAAAGUAGACGUUCCUGUAAUAAAUAAUGAAGAGUGUGAAAAAUGGCAUCGAACCAGAGGAAUCAAUUUGAAGAUAUUUCCCGAAAUGAUGUGUGCUGGUUAUGAAGAUGGACAAAAAGAUGCCUGUGUGGGAGAUUCGGGUGGACCAAUGGUGAUAUUUUUAAAUGGUCGAUGGGCCUUAGCGGGAAUCACUUCGGCUGGGUUUGGUUGUGCUCAAUCAAGACAACCAGGAAUCUAUCACAGAGUCUCUCAUACUGUUAAUUGGCUGUUGGCAAAUAUCAAUGAUUAACCUUAGUGUUGUUAGGAAACAAAUUAAGUGAUCUUAGAGCAAAAAUGUUUACUUGACUGGUCUUGUAAAUAUUAUUGUUACAAUUAAUCCAAAUUGUACUUGUACUGUUUUUUUUUGCAAAUUAUUUAAUUGAAGAUCAACUAUGUUAAUUCAAACAAACCAUGAACCCAUUUAAUCAAUCAACAAUGAGCUAAGUGAGACAAUAUCGAAUGGUAAAGUUCAAUGUGAAAACCCACCUUUGAUUUCGAGUUUAGAAGUACAUUUGAGACUGAUUAUCGAGUUAAUUGUCAUUUUUUGAUUACUCGAUAAUUUUGAACCUUUUGGCCCAACCAUCAAUUUCAUGCAAUGAAUUUUUUUAUAUCACGAGUGGUUCAUUUAUUUCAUGAAAUUGAUGAACCAAUUAUUUUGUGUAAAUUUUCAUCAUUUCUAACAAAUUUAGCAUUAAAUUAUGUUCACUGAUUCGCUAAAUUUAUAAUAAAUUCAUUUGCUUAAUGUGAACCGGUUAAGUUUGAGAGUAAACCCGUCGCGUAAAUUAUCAAUGGAUAAAUAAAGAAUGAACUUUUUAAAUUUCAACAAUUAAUUAUGUUUAUUUUCAUCAUCAUUUCCAAGUGAACACAGGUUUCAUCGUGAAUGUUCAGGGCUUAUCCGAGAAUACUUUGUACGAGAUCAAUGACUGGUUCAGGUUCUGGGUUUGGUUCG